UCUUGGUCAAACCUUCCACGUCAAAUUAUAUCUGUUUUCAUGUUAACAUUUCAACAGAAAAGUACAGAAUAAAAGUGUUUAAUUUCGAUUCAGGAAAAGAUUUAUAUUGUUGCUUGUUCCAAACAUGGUAUCCGUCCUGAACACAAUUGAUACUGGCCAUGAGGACAUGAUUCAUGGUGCGGAAGUGGAUUACUACGGCCUCCGUUUAGCGACCUGCUCAUCGGACAACUCCGUGAAAAUUUUCGAUAUAAAAAGCGGUGCCCAAACGCUAGCCGCAGACUUAAAAGGCCAUGGUGGACCCGUUUGGCAAGUUGCAUGGGCUCAUCCUCGUUAUGGUAACAUACUUGCAUCGUGUUCCUACGAUCGUAAGGUAAUCAUCUGGAAAGAAGCCGGUCCGGGAGAUUGGAGUAAAUGGUUCGAAUAUAGCAACCACGAUUCAUCAGUCAAUUCCGUGGCUUGGGCCCCAGCUGAAUACGGUUUGAUACUGGCUUGCGGGAGCUCGGAUGGAUCCGUGUCAAUUUUAACUUCUAACAUCGAGGCAGGAACGUGGGACGCAAAGAAAAUUCCAAAUGCCCACAGUAUUGGAUGCAAUGCAAUCAAUUGGUGUCCUGCCACGGGUCCCGAGCCAGUGUUUGAUCAAAGACCAAGCAAACAACAAUCAGCAGUAAAACGUCUUGUCACCGGAGGAUGUGAUAACUCCGUAAAAAUUUGGAAGGAAGAUGGCGAGCGCUGGGAAGAAGAAAAACGCUUGGAAUUGCACUCGGAUUGGGUUCGAGAUGUAGCCUGGGCUCCUAAUGUUGGUCUUCCACGCCAUCAGAUCGCCAGUUGCUCCCAAGAUCGCAGAGUCAUCAUUUGGAGCAGUGAAGAUCUACUGAACUGGCAGUCCACAAUACUUAACAACUUUGAUGAUGUUGUAUGGAAUGUUAGUUGGUCAUUGACCGGCAAUAUAUUAGCUGUUUCUGGAGGAGACAAUAAAAUCAGUUUGUGGCGCGAAAAUAACGAAGGUCAAUGGAUUUGUAUUAGCGAAGAUACAAGUUCAUCCGGUCAGCAACACUCUUUGAAUCAAACUCAAAAUACCUUGGUGCCAGAGCAAAGAACGCUGUAGAUUAACGCAACGAUAUACAAACACAGCUUAUCAAUAUGUUUUGUAUUUGUACCAAAACGCAUCUAAAUAAACAUUCAUUCUCCAGAUACAA